AUGUCACUAACCGCCGAGGAGCUUGAUGCGCUUCUAACGUUCACAGAUCGAUGCCAAGAUGGCAAGGACUCCGAAAGAAGUAUACAGGAUUUGAGCCUGUCUUUGUACACUGAAAAACUCAACGACCACAGACUCGUUUCCGGGCUAGCCUGUUUGCUUGAAUGCGACCUCCUCAGCAGGGUUGCGCGCGUUGGCGUCAUUGGCGCGCUUGGUUGCUCCAAAGAAACGCCAUUCAAAGAAAUUUAUCAUAGGAUCAAUCCAGUUUUAAGUAAUCCCUUUGAGCAGAAAUUGCUGCGUAAUAUUCUUUCCGGAAAUAAAGAUGUUCUUCAAAAAAGCCCAAAAGCAUUGCUGUCAACAGAGCUGCCAGAUGUUCCAUUGCCACUGAUUGAGAAAGCGCUUGGAGAUGACUCGCGAUCUGCAUUGCAGCGAGCAGCAAUUUCUUCCAUAAUUCCAGAUCCAGAACGCUUCAACGUUUCCAAUCAAAGCGAUGAACAACUCCGCAGAACUACGAUGCAAAUGAUCCUUUCCGAGCCAAGCUUUGGGCAGCGAUUCUUGCGCCCUUCACAGAUCUCGAUUCCUCCUCCUGUUUUUGACUAUAUUGAAAAUGAGCUGGAAUGGAUGCUUCCAAACGAACACUACCACCACACGUUGGAGUGGGAUGAUGAAAUGUGUGUAAAUAGCAAGGAAACGAGCGAAUUCGAAAGAUUACUGAAAUUUUCGACAGAAAGAAAGCUCGACGCCACGGAAGAAGCAUAUUUAAAAGAAGCUAUAAAGAAAGACCACCGGCUGAUGGAGUCGCUUGGAUUCACAGCCGACUUGCUGCCUCAACUGGUCGAGUACAACCCCAUGCUGACAGUUGAGUUCCUCAUGACCGUCCUGGAGCACGAAGACAAGGACGAGAUCAAAAAGUAUCUUCAUCAAAUGACGCAAAUACCUGUAACGUUGCAGAGUCUCGAGGUGGUCAACCGCCUCGUCUCGCAAGUUGAACUGCCUUCAGACUUCAUCCCUUAUUAUAUUUCGCGCUGCACGAAGACGUGCGAGGACCAAAAGGAUCGCUCGCAGCAAGGCCGUCUUGUGCGUUUGGUUUGCGUCUUCUUGCGGGCGCUCAUCAACAACUCCCUGUACGACAUGAAGGACAGCCUGAGCGAGGUGCAAGGAUUCUGUGUCGAGUUCGCAAGGAUACGCGAGGCCGCCGCGCUCUUCAGACUGCUAAGGAAAGUUGACUCGGAAAGAAGCGCCACCUCCAAAAGUUGA